AUGAAGCCCUCCCAGAACGCCGUUUACAAGGCCUUGGUCCUGCGGGACGACGUCGCGAUGGAUGCGAUCGAGGAGGUCCUGGAUGGCCUCCAGAUCCGGCGUGAGAAGCAGCGAGAGCUGUUUCUCGCUUUUUGGUCGUGGCUGGAGGGUUUCGACCCCCUCCUCAAGGGUACGCGGCGUGGCAACAGAGCCCGCCUGGAGAAGAUCGCGUUUGCGUGGGUGCACAAAGCCCACAAUGGGCGGCGUUACUGGUGCGGCCGGAAGCGCAUAGUGUGGCUCCGCGACGAUGUCCGGAGCUGGAAGGAGCUGGAGGAGGGAGAGUGGGAGAACGAGGACGUGUUGUGGGAGUGGCCGGACGACGAAGACAACAUUGUCUGGCUGGUGCGCGACGUGCUGCUGGCGAUCCAGCGGUGCCUGGCUGCGGCCCAUAAGACAGGUCAAGCUCAGCCGAUGAAGCGGCGAGUCUUGUACAAGCUUGGGCAGAGAGUCCGCUUGUAUCACAAGAAGACGUAUAGGGCAUUCCGUCGAGAGGAGGCCGACUUCGCAGAUGAGUCCGAGGAGGACUCUGAGGACGAAACCCGCUUCGAUGAGCUCCGGCCCAUCACUCUCCCUCUGCGCUGUCUCGUAUCCAAACACAAUGUCCGGCGUCGAGUACCAGACCACGAGUCCUUCGACGACCGCUGGGGAGACGAGCAGCCCGUUCCUGAUGAUGUGGACUCCCUCGAGCCUCCCGCAAAGCGGACCAGGACUGACACCUACGAGCGCGCCGACAUUGAACACCCACCCCAAGAGACCUCUAGAGACAAUGGAGUCCGAGGAACAGGAAAUAGUGAGAGGGAUCAAGAAAAUAAAGAUAGGGACGAAUUCGCGGCCCGUCUAGCCAAAAGAGAUGCCGAACGAUCCAAAAAAGUUCUCGAGGACCGCUCCGCCGCCAAAGACAGCGUCACAGCGCAGAGGAGGGCACUAGCAGACGACAAAGACGCGCGCGAUGCUGCAAUGCCAGAUCUACGACUACGAUCACGACAAGAUUAUCUCAAGAAAAGAGAAGCCGAGCAACUUGCACUAUUCCGGCAGCAAGUAGACGAUGAACAACGAGAACUCCGAGACAAUCCGGACCUCACAGACAAAGAGCGAGCAGAAUUCGCAAGGAAUAGGGAACUGUUACGAAUAGCAGAGGAAAGACUCCAGAUCGACGAGCACCUAGACGGCUAUGCUCUACCAGACGACUACAUCACCGAGAAGGGAAAGCUUGAUCGUCAGAAGAAGAAUGAUGCGCUCUACAAGCGCUAUGUUGAUCGCGACAAGAGCGGUCGAGAGAAAUUCGUCACCGAGCACGAAGAAUGGGAAGCUGAACAGACCAAAAGAGCAGAGGCACAGGUCAAGAAGCCUGAUUUCGACGAAGGCGACUAUGGCUAUGUAUUCGAUGAGAGCCAACAACUGCAAUUCAUCGCAAGCGAGACCCUGGGAGGAGACCUGCGCAUGAGCAGAGAAGAGCGAGACCUCAAACAACGAAUCAGCGCUGCUGAAGCCAAGGCAAAAAGUGUCGAAGAAACCAGGAAAAGCCUCCCCAUCUACCAAUUCCGCGAUGAGAUCAUCCAGGCGGUGCACGAUCACCAAGUUUUGAUCAUCGUAGGAGAGACAGGGUCAGGAAAAACCACCCAAAUACCACAGUACCUGCAUGAAGCAGGCUUCACCAAAGACGGCAUGAAGAUCGGAUGUACCCAGCCACGGCGAGUUGCAGCUAUGAGUGUAGCCGCCAGAGUGGCAGAAGAAAUGGGCAAAAGACUAGGCAACGAGGUGGGAUAUGCCAUUCGAUUCGAAGACAACACGAGCGAGAAGACAGUGCUCAAGUACAUGACGGACGGUAUGCUGCUCCGAGAACUGCUCACAGACCCCGAGCUGUCAGAGUAUUCUGCUUUGAUGAUCGACGAGGCACACGAGCGGACCGUCAGUACCGACAUAGCCUGCGGCUUACUAAAGGAUAUUUCAAAAGCAAGACCAGAUCUCAAGCUGUUGAUCUCCUCAGCUACCAUGGACGCUCAGAAGUUUCAGAAAUACUUCGACGAUGCACCCAUUUUCAACAUUCCUGGUCGCCGCUACGCAGUCGAUGUGCAUUACACUGCGCAGCCAGAGGCCAACUACAUCUCCGCAGCCAUAACCACAGUAUUCCAAAUACACCUUUCGCAGCCAUCAGGAGACAUAUUAGUGUUUUUGACAGGCCAGGAAGAGAUCGAGGCCAUGGAGGCGAACCUUGCAGAAACAGCACGGAAACUCGGCUCAAAGGCGAAGGAGCUUGUCAUAUGUCCGAUCUAUGCCAACCUACCCACAGACCUGCAAGCGAAGAUUUUUGAGCCUACACCACCAAAUGCCCGCAAGGUUGUGCUCGCUACCAAUAUCGCUGAGACCUCUCUUACCAUCGAUGGCAUUGUGUACGUCAUCGACCCUGGCUUUGUCAAGGAGAACCAGUACAACCCACGCACAGGCAUGGAAUCUCUCGUCGUUGUUCCAUGCUCCCGAGCCUCAGCUGGUCAACGUGCUGGACGUGCUGGGCGUGUAGGUCCUGGCAAAUGCUUUCGCUUGUACACUAAACAAGCCUGGAAGAACGAGCUCGACUCAAAUACAACUCCCGAGAUUCAGCGAACCAACCUUACUGGCGUAAUACUACUGCUGAAGUCCCUCGGCAUCAAUGAUCUCCUCGACUUCGACUUCAUGGAUCCACCGUCCACGGAUACUAUAGUGCGCGCUGUAGAGCAGCUAUAUGCUCUUGGUGCUUUGAACAACGCAGGCGAGCUUACCAAAAUAGGCCGCCAGAUGGCCGAGUUCCCAACAGAUCCAAUGUUUGCACGCGCAAUACUAGCUGCAGAUAAGUACGGCUGUGUGGCUGAAGUCUUGAGCAUCAUCGCUAUGCUGGGCGAAGCCUCUGCCCUCUUCUUCCGUCCGAAAGACAAGCAAGUACAUGCCGACUCUGCACGCGCUCGCUUCACAAACAAAGACGGCGGCGACCACCUGAGCUUACUAAAUGUUUGGACCGAAUGGGUCGACACCGACUACUCAAUCAUCUGGGCAAAAGAGAACUUCCUCCAACAACGCUCCCUCACCCGCGCCCGCGACGUGCGCGACCAGCUCGCCCGCCUCUGCGACCGAGUCGAAGUCGACGCCUCAAAAUCCUCUGGCGGCGUUCAAGAGAUUGUGCCCAUCCAGAAAGCCAUCACAGCAGGAUUCUUCCCAAAUUCAGCACGUCUGCAGCGAGACGGACAGACUUACCGCCAGGUGAAGAAUGGACAGACAGUUUACAUCCACCCUAGCAGUGUGUUGAUGGAGGUCAAUCCGAAGUGGGUGAUCUACUACGAACUGGUGUUGACGAGUAAGGAAUUCAUGCGAAGCGUUAUGCCGCUGAAGCCUGAGUGGUUGAUGGAGGUCGCGCCGCAUUAUUACAGUAAGAAGAGCUUGGAGAGCUUGGGUGUGGACAGGAAGGUACCGAGGGGCGAGGGUAAGAGUACUGCUGCUGCUGCUGCUACGUCAACAGAGACAUGGAAGAACGGAGCGGCCCCGCGGCCGAAGAUGUGA